AUGGGACCAGAGUUUUGGUUCCAAGUGCAGAGGGUUGAUAGAGCUCUGUCAAAUUCACAGAUCUCUGAUGCCCAACAAUUGAUUGAUUAUGUCACAGCCCAAUGCAACAUUUCACUGGAGCAAGACACCCUGCUUGGUGUUGGCCGCAAUAGAAGCUUCCCUGUCAAUAUAAAUGACAUGAGCACUGAAAUACAGCCACAGCCUUUCCAGGCAAUGAGAAUGAAGGAAAUGAUCAUCUAA